UUGGAGCAAGUCAUUGUUCGUAACUAGCUAGGUUCCUUGCACUGUUUCUGGUCUGCUUCAUAUGACACGUGCGAGAGGUAUUUCUGUCUCUGAAAUCGCUUUGUUCUUUUUCCCUCUCACUGCAUAACCUGUUUGAAUAGCGAUUGAGAAGAAGAUCAUUAGUUUGAUUAUUCAAAUGAGACCCCUUUUGGUUGGAUUCUUCAGAGUACUUGCCCUUUUUGUUUUCUGCUCAGUUUGCUGUUGCAGUUCUUCCACAGAAGAAAGUACAAAAUUGGAGAAAACUUUAGCUAUUAUUAAACCAGAUGGAUUGUUUGGUAACUACACAGAUGAUAUCAAGGGAACAAUUUUAGAACAGGGUUUCAGCAUUGUUAAGGAAAAGAAUGUUCAGCUUGAUGAGGCAACUGUGAAAACAUUUUAUGCAGAGCACUCUUCAAAAGGCUUCUUUCCUAGCCUUAUAAAAUACAUGACAAGUGGACCGGUAUUACUUAUGGUUUUGGAGAAGGAUAAUGCUAUUGCUGAUUGGCGUGCCUUAAUGGGCCCUACUGAUGCGAGCAAGGCCAAGAUUACUCACCCUCACAGCAUCAGAGCAAAAUGUGGAUUGGAUACUGAAAAAAAUUGUGUUCAUGGUUCAGACUCUCCCAAAUCUGCCCUGAGGGAGAUAACAUUUUUCUUCAGAGAGCUCUCUGCAGAUGUAAUUGCAGAACAUGACGAGUUGUAGUUGGUGAAGGCCGGUUUCAGAAGAGUUUAUCUUGUGACUUUGAGUAGGUUUAUAAAAAUAGUUUAUAACCUACCUAUAAGCUUUUUUUGAGCUUAUUCUCACAAGCUGCUCAAAUUAGCUUAUGAGUAAACGUUUAUACCUAACUAUGAACUAUUUUGAGUUAUUUCAAUAUGAUUCUUAAAUUAAUUUGUGAAUAAGCCCUUAUGUGACAAGCACUUAUUCACUUUAUUGAGCUAAGCUGAUUACCCAAACACCUCCAAAAGUUGAAGCAGAAAAACAACAUUUUUUGUGAGGCUCGCUACUGUUAUAUAAAUCAUUGAAAUUUAAAGGAUUACUUUACCUCAGUGCUGAUCACCACUUCUACUCUUUU